UUGAUGUUUUGAAUUUGUAUAAAAACUGCAUAAUACAGCUCUGGAUAAUUAUUCCUACGCAUGCGCAAAAUUUUACGCACGUAUAUACGAAUCGGGUGCUGUUUGUGUUAUUAUUAUGACUGGUAUUAUUCAUUGUUAUUUUUGGCGAUUCGUAUCAUUUGUCAUUCAUAAUUUCUCGAAGCAAACGCACAUGUGUUUUGUAAUUGGAAAUCAAAAUGGGAGAGAAGAAAUUAAAUUCACAUUUAUGUAGAAUUGAUGGUUUAAUGACAGGCAAAAAUUACACUGUACCAGUAAGGUUAUGGGAAAGAUUACAAAUAAACGAACGAAGUUUCAGUUUUUUGCUGUUUAUAAUAUCAUUGACUAUCGUCUUGGGAAAAAUAUACAUAAAUUAUGGUAGUAUUUUACAGCUGCAAAAUAAUGUUAAAUAUCUAGAGUCCUCAGCAUCUAUAUUUUCAAAUAUGUCUAAUAUAUUUGAUCUAUCACAUAUAACUGAUGUAUCAGAGUUCAAAGUAAAACAAUUAGCAGCUAUAAGUGAGAAAUUUGUUAAUGGUAGUCAAUACGAUGAUGUUGUAAAUGUAAUGACAUCAGUUUUUAAAACAUAUGGAUGGCUCAUAAAAGCAGCAGUAUGUGGUCUUAUUAUGAUGGGUUUUACUUGGUUUAUAAUUUACAAAGAUAGCAGUAUUCCUGGAAUCAAUCCACCUUCCCCUUUUAGUCCCUCUAAACAAAGAUUUUCAAAAGUAUCGGGCGUACAAUUAAAUUACUUAAUUGGAAUAUUAAAUGGGAUACUAAUUUUUGUCUACAUGUGUCUUUAAUAUGUUAAAAGUAUCACAAAAAUAUGGUAGUAUUUAUGUAUAUUAAAAAGAGUUGUGUGACAUUCUCACAGCGAUCAUAUUUAUUAUUUAUAUUGUACUAUAACUAAUAAUAUUAUUAAUUUAAUAAUUAGAAGUAGAGUAAAUAAUUUAUAUUGUGUAAUAAUAUAAAAAAAAAAUGUUUUCAAUUCUAUCAAAAUAAGAAAAUUUGGAUCUUAUAUUUGCCUAAUUCCAACUAUUGUUAGAAUUAUAAUUCUAAAGAAGCUUAUAAUUUAAAAGAGUAUGCCUUAUUUUCUGAUGUUACACAAAAAUUGAACAUGCUAAUGUUAUGUGAAAGUAAAACAUACUAAUAUUACAUAAAAAUUUAUAAAACAAUUUAUAAAAUGAUAUGCAAUAUUUUAUAUAUAAA